ACGUCGUCAGAAACAGAGAGAGAGAGAGAAAGAGAGUCCUCACAGUUCAAGAUUUAGCAAUACGAGCAAGUGCAGAAGCACCUGUCGUACAGUCCCCGCGUGUUCUCACGCGCCGGCUCAAUUCUCUGCCUUUGACGCCGACAUUACCUCUCUGCCGUUAUCUUUCGCUUUCAUCGGCCACACGAUUUGUAGACCUAAGCAGUCAAUCAAAACCCCCUUGAAUCCUUUGCUUCACUGAGCUUUGCAUUAAACCUAAAAACCCUAACCACACUUAAACUUUGGGAGCAUAAACCAUGGCACCAAGUAAUCAUGUCAAAAGAGCAUUCAAAGCUAUGAAUGAUCUAGGAAUAGCGGAUGCGCAAGUGAAGCCGGUCUUGAAGAACCUUCUCCAACUUUACGACAGAAACUGGGAGUUAAUAGCCGAGGACAAUUACAGGGCUCUCGCUGAUGCUAUCUUUGAUUCCCAAGAUUCUCAGGUCACUGAAGAAGUAAAAGGAAAGGAGAAGAAGGCCAACGAAGCUGGAGCCAGCGCUGCAGAAGUUGACAGAGGAAAGAAGAAGGCACUUGAAUCUCUGGAGGAAGAUGAAGAUGCCUUGGAUGAGCUUGAACCUCCUUUAAAGAGGCUACGACGCAGAGGGGAAGGAGCCUCUGCUUUGUCUCUUAACAAUCCCAGUUUAAAAGAGCAUACAACUCACGACCAAGAAACUAUCUUACUUCCAUUUCAUCCUCUAUCAACCGAAAAUACCAUUCAUGGUGCCAGAAAUGAAGAUCCUCGUACAACUAUUGUGAGAUAUAAUGAGCACAGGCUGGCUACAACCCUAGAAGAAUCAUCAACACUUGAAUUAGCUUCUUCUGAGACGGGUGAGGUGAAGAUUAAUCUGAGGUUUUCUCCUGCAACUGGAGGAUCCAGUCUACAUGUACCCACUAUGGAGGAGCUCCGAAGAGCAAUGGAGGAUAAGUGUCUCCGGUCUUACAAAAUACUCGACCCUAACUUCUCCGUUGGUCGUUUUAUGGGCGACAUGGUUACUUGCUUCCUCGAACUAUCCAAAAACGCAGCCAGCCCCUUGCCAGAAAAAUUGCCCUUUCUCACUACCAGUAUUGAUGUAUUGAAGAAAUCUCCAGCAACGAUGGCAACAAAGGCAAGUAACUCAGCCAACCAGUCCGCAGAAAACGGAGAAGUUGGUUGUGGGUCAAUGGGUUUAGUAGUGGUUCCUGAGUGCCAGAUCUCCGCGGAUGAUUUUAGAUUGAUAAGCAGCAUCAGUGACAUCACCCUCGGAAAAGAAAACGUUGAGAUUCCUUGGGUGAAUGAAUUCAACAGCAAGGUUCCUCCACCUUUUCGAUACAUACUCCAAAGCUAUGUCUAUCUAGAUGCUGCGGUGAAGUUUUCACUUGGGAACAUCGGCGAUGAUGACCAACGCUGCUCCUCUUGCUGUGGAGACUGCUUGGCUCCGUCUGUGGCGUGCAGGUGUGCAGGCUUCGCAUACACUAAAGAUGGCCUCCUGCAGAAAGAUUUCCUUGAAGAUUGUAUAGCUGAGGCACGUGACCCUCAGAAACAUGUGUUGCAGUAUUGCAAAGAAUGUCCUUUGGAGAAAGCUAAAAACGAAGAGACUCUUGAACCAUGCAAGGGGCAUUUAAAGAGGAAGGUCGUUAAAGAAUGCUGGAUCAAUUGUGGUUGUAUCAACAACUGUGGCAACCGAGUCGUCCAACAUGGCAUUCAUAACAAGCUGCAGGUAUUUUUCACGCCCAAUGGGACAGGUUGGGGACUCAGGACUCUAGAAAAGCUGCCUAAAGGAGCAUUUGUCUGUGAGUUUGCCGGAGAAAUAUUGACCAUAUCGGAGUUGAUCAAGCGUAGCUCUGAGAAGCUUACCUUUCCGGUAAUAUUGGAUGCACACUGGGGUUCUGAAGAAGCUUCAGGUGUCGACAAUGCUCUUUGCCUUGAUGGAAUGCAUUAUGGAAAUAUUUCCAGGUUCAUUAAUCACAGAUGCUCAGAUGCAAAUUUGAUUGACAUCCCAGUGCAUGUGGAGAAUAUGGACUUUAAAUACUAUCAUCUUGCGUUCUUCACAACAAGAGACAUCGAGGCUAUGGAGGAACUAACAUGGGAUUACGGCGUUGAGUUCAACGAUCAUGUUUAUCCCACGCUUCCGUUCCACUGUCAAUGCGGCAGCGAGUUCUGUCGGAAUGUUAAGCGGACAAGUAAAAGCAAGAAGGCGAAGAAGAGAGCAUGAGAGCUUACAGUGGUUUUUUUUGUCUCGAACUCUUUUUGUGAAAGAAUUGGCAGCUUUUCCUAAAAACUCUCGUAUUGUCAAUUCCAUAAGGCAAAUAAGCAAACAAGGGUCUCGUGUAUAUCUUUUUAACUUGGGUUAUAAUAGCUAUGGCUUUGGUUUGAC